AAAAUUUUAAACAUACUGGUCAUCAUCAGUGCUAGUUGUCUGGCUCGUCACAUGCAGCCUUAGAUUAAUUUGCACACCAUGACCCUCUGGAGCUGUUACAUGCAACAGAACAGUCUGUACCAUGCUUCUUGGAGGUGCACCUCAAGCUGCUGCAGUUUGUCUCUCAGGUGCAUUUGAUGACUCAUAGAAGGGGGGUAUGUGUACACGAAGGUCAACUCCACGCUCUGACUGAGUAUAUAAAUGGAGGAAACCUGGAGCAGCUGCUAGACAGUGAUCUGUACCUGUCGUGGGGCGUCAGGAUCCACCUAUCUCUGGACAUCGCCCGAGGGCUGCAGUACCUGCACAGCAAGGGCAUAUUCCACAGAGACCUCACCUCCAAGAACUGUCUGGUGCGCUGUGAUAACGGCAUGUUCACUGCAGUGGUGGGAGACUUCGGCCUGGCAGAGAAGAUCCCCGAUUACAGUGAUGGUGUGGGGAAGCAGCCUCUGGCCAUUGUGGGCUCCCCUUACUGGAUGGCCCCUGAAGUUCUGAGAGGAGAGCUGUAUGAUGAGAAGGUAAACCUGCUUCGUCACUACUUCCUGCCCAGCUCUCCAAAACAGUUGCUGGAGUACAAGCUGAUGCUCAGGACAGAACUGACAUGCACUUCUUGUCCUCUGCUUAGGUGGACGUGUUUGCGUAUGGCAUCAUCAUGUGUGAGAUCAUCGCCCGGAUUGAAGCUGAUCCUGACUUCUUACCCCGAACAGAGAUGCUCAGUCAUCAACGUGAAUUUUUUUUCCUCGCGUUGCUUUCAGAUGAAUGCAGAAAGGCGGCCCACAUUCACUGAUAUUGUCUUCGCACUGGAGGGCAUGGACAGAGGAGAUGAGGGAGAGAAGCCCAUAGCACUUGAGCCUGUGGCGGUAGAUGUCAGCCCAUACCGACGCCGCAGCUCUCCUUGUCACCCCAGUGACCACAGCCAGCAACGGCAAGGCUUGGCGAGGAGUCAGUCAGACAUGCUUCCCCCAGCAACCCUUACCCCUCCCAUCUUAGGGACUCCAGCACGGGUCAACCCCUUCUCUCUCAGACAGGACUUGAAUGGGGGGCGCUGUAAACUCUUAGACACGCCCAGCAAGUCCGUCAUCUCCCUGACUUUCACCCUCCCGGCACUUUGCGACCCGUGUGCCUCCCCCAAUCUUCUCAGAGGCACGUUGGGGACACGAGCACUGCCUAGGAGAUGUCAGUCCCUCCCCUGUACCCCAGAGCUCAGCCGAACUGUAUCCUUGUCAAGAGACAUGGAUGGGAGGGAGGAGGAAACCAAUGUGGAGGUCAGAGUGGUGUCGAUUAAAGGAGGGACAGGGGACACUAUGGAAGAUGAUGUGGAAAAGAAGACAGAAAAGAUGGAUGAAAGGUUGAAGGUAGAGCAUAUGGAGAUAAGAAAGUUGUUAAAGGAGGAGGAUGAGAUGGGAGAUGAUUCAGGUCUUCCUCUUGAGCUGGAGAUGGUGUCCCUGCAGCGUUUGGAGGAGGAGGAGGAAGAGGAGGAGAGUGUUUGUCUAACAGAACCCAUGGACUGCACCAAGUCCCCAGAGCCAGCAGAGGCAGUCUUGGACGCCACAUCUGAAAGACCCAUGCUCACCUCUACUUCAUCCUCCUCUUUACGGACCAAUGGCUGGCAACUUCCUAUCUCCAACGGACCACCCUCCUUGCCUCCUCUACCACGAUUGGACAACAGCAACAGCUCAGCCCUUGUGAUGGGCCAGCAGUGGGGUGGAAGAGGGCUGGCUAAUGGUUACAACGGAGCCCAGGUCCUGUCCUCUGAUUCUAGUGCCCCACCUGAGCAGGAUGAGGUCAUUUCCUGUCCAGGCUGCUGUCUGGUGGGUCUGAGCUUCCCCUCAGUUUGCCUCCGUGGUUCAGCUGCUGUGCCUGCCCCCCACCGAAGGGCAUCAUUACCACGGCAGAGGCCCUACCGGAAUCUCAACGGUCCCAUAACUGGUGGAAACUCUUCCUCACCAACAAGAACAGACACAGCAACCAAAUCUCUACUGUGUCGCAGAACAAACGGACUAAUAAUGACUGGGCCUUCUGCACCAUGUGAGCCUGGCCGGUCCCUGCCAGAGGCCCAGACGUAAGUCAGCUCGGAGGAGAUUUGGUUUUAAAUAUGUGACAUGCAGCAGCACUGAAUGUUAGCGGACAGACAUAGCGACAUUAAAUGUUGCUUUGCUAAAUCUAAGAACCCACUACUGACCCGAGCAUUGGAGACGUGCUGUUAAUUCUGUGCAGUCACAUGGGUGGGGUGCAGUGAACGUGGUGGUUUAAAGUAAGAGGUUGCUAAGGUAGGCAGAACACAGCUGAACCAGAGCGAGGCUAUGAACUGAACGCUGAGCAGUCAGUGUCAGCAGCACAUUACUGCUGCUGGAAUGGUGCUCCUCCAAGUAGAGCAGCUAGUCGGACUUCUAGCAAUGCAAGCCUCUGAGGAACCAAAUCAAACUGAGCCUGAGACUCAGCUUGAUUUGACAAGAUUUAACAAGAGCUUGCAAUUUGUUACACACUUGGGUUUUAUUUUUUCAGUCACGGCUGUCCUUUCCAUCAGUAAUAAUAACAUUGUACUCAUCAAGUUAAUUGUUGAGAUCUAUAAACACAGUCACAAGCCCCCAGGUUUCUCAGAGGUUUGGAAGAAAAAAAAGAUGCUGAAGAGUAAACUGAUGACCAAACUGUCUCUUGAAAAGAUCUGUCAGAGAUUACAGACUUCCUGCUUAAAUUUUGACCCUCGUCCUUUGCCUUGUGUUUGGCAGCCAUAGCCCUGGACUGCACUGCUACACCUCGUAAGAAAAACAUAAAUAAGCUACAGAAAAUGUCUGGCCCAUCUAUAUUUCCUGGUAUUGCAUUAGAACUGGAGAUGUGUCCUCAUUCACUCCUUUGAAUGCUGGUCAGUAGUGCAUGAAGUGGUGAUGUGCAAAACAAUGUAUCCACCAUUUUAAGGUCACUUCUUUCACAAUGCUAUAACCUACAGAAAUAAGUCUUUAUGGGCCUGUGUGCAUCAUGUGACCAUGUACAUGAUUGGCUUCAAAACCUGGCACUGUUCCUGGGGGCUUGUUUUUAUCCAUCCAUAAUGAAAUGUAUUUCCUACCUUUGAAAUCUAGGGGGCACCAUCUAUAUAUUAUACAAAAUUACGGACCCAACUGCGUGAAAAUGAGGUGUUGGGCCCAGACUCUUUAUGGACAGAAAACAACAGCUAUAAAUGGCGUCUCUUUGGCUAGCACAACGUGGUGGCCAAUGCAUACUGUAAACAUUUGUAUAAACACUGUUUUUGAUUCUGUUUAACUGAUUAAAGGUAGCUAAAUGGGGAAUAUUUCUAAAAUGAAUGAAAAUGAUUUGGUUCUUACCUGUUUUUAUAGCAGUUGACUUGUAUGUCUGUGUGUGUCUGUGAGAGAGAGAGACAAAGAGAGCAAGAGAGAGACUAAAGGAAGUUGCUAAAGGAAGAAACUUCCUGUGCUUGUCAUGUCAAUUCUUUAUUUUUGCACUUGAGUUUGGAGCACUUUGCAGUAAGACACCAGGCUUUUACUAGAUGGUGCUUUAUUUAAAUAUGUGCUUACUGGUGUUUUAUAUGUGUGUGUGCUUCUGGCCCAACAAACUUCAGCACUUUCAUGCUUUGACAACUACUCCUCCUCACAUAUCUUGUGUAUACUUAUUGAUCACACUGUUGUAAUUUAAAAAGUGGCAUGUGAAGCAGGUAUGAAUAUUUAUUGUACAUUUCAUUCCACACAUAGUGUGUACAGUAUGUGCAUUUGAGCGAAAGGUAGAGUAAUGAUGCUCACAGGAUAACUUUUGUCCCAUCAUUUCUGAUGUUAAACCAUGGUUUUCUCUUCAUUUCGAUUUUUCUUCUGUUCCUCCAUUCAGCUGGAAGCCUGAGUGCAAUAAUCUGAUAAUAAAAACAAAUGGUUGUGCAUAACCCUGUGUACUGUUUUUCG